GUGCUCAGUGUGAAAUCACAGCGAAGGCGGACAUCAUGCUGUUGCUGGAUGGCUCCUGGAGCAUCGGCCGUGUAAAUUUUAGACACAUCAGGUCUUUUAUCGCUAAAGUAGUCAACGUCUUCAACAUCGGCCCAGACAGAGUCCAGAUUGGUCUGACUCAGUACAGUGGAGACCCAAAAACCGAAUGGCACCUGGAAACCCACCAGACCAAACAUUCCCUGAUGCAUGCCAUAGCCAAUCUACCAUACAAAGGAGGGAACACCAUGACAGGACGUGCUCUGAACCACAUCCUUGACAGAAACUUCAAACCCAACGUGGGAAUUCGAGAAAACUCAAAAAGAAUUGUCAUCUUGAUCACUGAUGGAAAGUCCCAAGACGACAUAGAAGACCCUUCGCAGAAGAUGAAGAACACUGGCAUCGAGAUCUACGCUAUCGGUGUGAAAAAUGCUGACAAGGAUCAGCUGAUGUCCAUUGCCUCCGAUCCCAUAGAAAGUCACUUGUUUAUUGUCGAUGACUUCUGGCAGCUCCUGGACUUUGUUGAUGAUCUCACCAUCAAGAUUUGUGAAAGUGUUAAUGACUUAG